UUUCCCCUGACGAGACGUUGCUUUUUGAAGAAAGAACAUCUCACAUCUCCGCGAUAAGAUGACAGCGAUCAGAAUGCUUUCAUCAGUGCUGGUGCUGGUGCUGAUGCAGUCCGGAGCUCUUUGCGCACGGAGGUUUCGGGGUGGCCGCAACCCACAAACACGACGCACACCACCACCUCCUCCCACAUACCGGGCGGAUCGGGGUGACACCACGGAGAGCUUCCCUCUGGAUUUCACCGCCGUGGAGGAGAACAUGGAUAACUUCAUGACACAGGUGAAGAACCUCGCGCAGUCCCUCUACCCGUGCUCCGCGCAGAAGCUCGACUACGACAUGAAGCUGAACUUUUUGGGGAACACAUCGGUCACCUGCAACGAUGGAAGUCCUGCGGGGUACUACCUGAAAGAAUCCCGGGGCAGCAGACGCUGGUUGAUAUUCUUAGAGGGCGGCUGGUACUGCUUCAACAAGGAGAACUGCGACAGCCGAUACGAGACGAUGAGGAGACUGAUGAGCUCAUCCAAGUGGCCCCAAACUAAAACAGGCACAGGGAUCCUGUCUCCGCUGCCUGAGGAAAACCCUCACUGGUGGAACGCCAACAUGGUGUUCAUCCCGUACUGCUCCAGCGACGUGUGGAGCGGCGCUACAGCCAAAACAGAGCAGAGUGGUUAUGCCUUCAUGGGCUCACUGAUUAUUCAGGAGGUUGUGAAGGACCUGCUGAACAAAGGUCUGGACAACGCAAAAGUUCUCCUCCUAGCAGGGAGCAGUGCGGGUGGUACUGGAGUCCUUCUGAACGUGGACCAUGUGGCAGAGCUGCUGGAGGGCCUGGGACACACCGGGAUACAAGUGCGAGGCCUGUCUGAUUCUGGCUGGUUCCUGGACAACAAGCAGUACCACUGCACGGACUGCGUGGACGCUGUCAGCUGUGCCCCCACGGAGACCAUCAAGAGAGGCAUCAAGUACUGGGGAGGAGUGGUACCAGAGAGGUGCAGGCAAACCCAUGAAGGAGAGGAGUGGAACUGUUUCUUUGGAUAUAGAGUCUUCCCAUCAAUAAAAAGCCCUGUGUUCGUUGUCCAGUGGCUGUUUGAUGAGGCCCAGUUGACAGUGGACAACAUCCAGCUGACAGGCCAGCCUGUGCAAGAAAGCCAGUGGCGCUACAUCCAAAACUUGGGCAUUGAACUGAGGAACACACUCAAAGAUGUCCCGGCUAUGUUUGCUCCAGCAUGUCUAUCACAUGAAGUUAUCACCAGAAAUUACUGGAUUGACGUGCAGGUUAAAGGCACCUCCUUGCCCCGGGCCCUGCACUGCUGGGACCGCAGCCUCAAUGACAACAGGAACAACAAGGCUCCACCCAAAGGCUGCCCCGUACAUCUGAUUGACAGCUGCCCGUGGCCACACUGCAACCCCACCUGCCCCACCAUCCGAGACCAGUUCACCGGACAAGAGAUGAACGUCAUUCAGUUCCUCAUGCACAUGGGCUUCGACGUGCAGAAGAUGGCCCAGCAGCAGGGCAUGGACCCCAGCAAGCUACUGGGCAUGCUCAGCAGCGGCAGCUAAAGGGACACACAUACAAACAGCAUCUCCAAGCUAAGCCCAAUGCAGGGCUGGCUGGUCUCUCUGGCCAGUCUCCCAUGGCUGAUACCUCCAACUCCACCUUCACAACCCGUUCUACCUAUAGUCAACUCCCCUCUGACCUCAUUUACUUUAGUUUCGAACCUCAGUCAAACACAGUGGCUUUUAUUUGUCCGACAAUCCCUUUUUCCUCACAACUGGUGACAAGUACGGGGGCAACACGCCACCACAACAAGGCACAACUCUCUGCUACUCUCCAUUUAAAUUAUCUUUUGCUUUGUAAAAGAAAAGAAAUAUCACAGAUGUAAUCCAGUUUUAAGGAUGCUCGUUGUUGUUUUAUUCAUUUGAAUAUUAUUUUCAUCCUUCCAUAGAUUAUAUUUAGUCAUUGUUUUAAAAAAAAAAAAGAAAACACCACAAUGACGUAAGGAUGCUGUCUUUGUUCAGUUGUCAGUAUAGAGUAUAUAAGGGUCUAAUUUAAAAUAAUAACUGAAACCUGAGACUGAAACCACAAAAGCCUUCAUCGAGGCAGUAACAGAUAACAGAUAGGAUAAGAUGAGAAAGGCACUGGAUCAGAAAGGAUAUCUUGUAUUUACUUUUAAAAUAAUUGAAAGAACGGUAGCGAGACACAAAUACUCCUCUAAUCCGCUCAUGUUAUAAGAACAAGUUGGAUUGACAUGGAUGUUUUUUUUUUCAAUUCAUUAUGUUUUAUUGGCCCGAGUGUAACAAAGACACUAUUGCCAAAAGCAUCAAGUAAUAAUAAGAUUGUCAUGAAUAUUGCAGAAAACAAUAGGCUUCUGAAAUGAAAAGCAGCAAGCAGACAAAUAUCAAAUGUUAUUCCUUGCUGAAGAAAGUAGCCAAAAAAUAACAAAAGACAGACAAUGCUCCAAAAAUAUAUAUUAUUGUUGUGAUUAUGUGGGUUAAGAGAAAAGAUUAAGGUAACUCAUACAUGAUAGUGUUGACAUCUGAGUGGCGUAGUUUCAGUUUGGACUGCUGUGAAGAUGCCUGAAUGGCCGGGUUAGUCGUCUGCUGAAGCUGAAGUGGACCCGAGAAACACUUUAAAGGUCUAUCAGUAGCGAUACAUACACCACAGUGCCAUUACAUCUAGUCUGUACCUCUUACUCACAGGCCGCGUCAUCUCAAGAUGACUGUUCAAACCCCAGACAUUCAUGCUAUAGGUCAGUAUCGCAGCAAUCCUCAGAUCGAUGCAACGAACAUUUAAAGGGAGACAAAUUACGUGUAUUGUAUAUUUUUUUUGAGUAUUUGUAUAGGUUCUUUCAAGUGUUCACUAUUGUAACUCCCUUCUUAUAUUUCAUAAUAGAGAUCACUUUUUAAUAUAAUGACUGUUGUACGUAAUGAUGUUUUUAAAGGACCUCUAUUUCGCAUCACACCA